GAAGGGCAGAGCUAGACACGGGGACUAGCCCCUCCUGGCUCACAGAGCUGCUUCCAGCAUCCCAGAGUUGGGGAAGCUACAAGGAGGAGGGAUUGAUAAUGGUGCCACCACAGCUUGUCUCACAGAUGGCAAAGGAAUAACCUGCUAUCAGGGUGUCUGUCUGUAUUCCUGCCAAAAAGCACAGAUGAUAUUCCCUAGCUUGUUUUGAAGUGAGCUCUGCUGGAAAUUCUGUGUUUCACUCAUCAUCUGUGCCGCUGCAGCCUACUUCAGUAACCAAGUAACCUGCUGUGUCAGAAGUGUGCCUGGUUUUGUGUCAGAGGUGGAAAGGAAGCAGUUUUGAAGUCUCGCCCGGAAAAUGAUGCGCUGAUACACCACCCUUCGCUGUGCUAGGUGUUUGUGUGCAGCGUGUAAAAAAACACAAGUCAACUCCAUCAUCACAAAACACAUUCAUCACUUAAUUGCAGUGAUGAUUCACCUACUCAUAAAGCUGUGAAUGGAGCUGGUGAGCUCCAGAUCCGUGUGAGACACGUUGGGAGCUUACUGCAGUCUGGAUGUAGAAACAUCUGCACUGUGUGAUACCAGUUAAAUGGCUGCUCACAUGUUUCUCUGGCACAGGACACACAGAGAGCAGAGCACACAGGCCCAGCCAGUACCGUUUAACUCCAUUUUAAGUCUACCAAGUAACUCUUACUGCUAAAUGACAUAUUUCUUGCAAAGAUAAACCUGCCUGUGAGAUCCUCAUGAAGAGCUUGUUGGCAGCAAUGGUCAGUCGUGGUUUCUGAGCUCCCACUCCCGUGCUUUCAUCAUAUUUACUGUCAGCCAGUCACCGGGAAGGUGCGUAGAGCAGCGCAGGGAGUAUUUUAAUGCCACGGUGAAACCGAUUUGUUGGUGAUUCCGUGCCGUGAUUUCCCCCUUUUCUUGUUCUGAGGACUCUUUCCACCAUGACCUCUUUCGAGGAAGCCGAAACAGAAGAAACAGUGACGUGCCUCCACCUGACCUUUUACCACCCUGGCCAGGAUGAGAAGAUGAUGUUCCGCUGCCUGAAUUUCUGCAAGCGUGAGCAGGUCAGGGCGGACGACGUGGCCAAGUUCGGCCGCGAUUCCAGCGUCUGCCGCUACAACCUGAUGGACACGCGCGUCUCCCGGAUCCAGUUCUCCCUGCAGUUCUACAGGAAGCUCCAGGCCUCGGAAUAUGGUUUUGAGAUAAAGAACUUGAGCAAGAAAACAAAACUGACCGUCAACCAAACAGAACUGGGUUACUUAAACAAAAUCGACCUGCCCUGGAAGUGCAUCAUUUCUUUCGGGGACUACCAGAUCCUAGCAGAGAUUCAAGAAGGGGAGGCCAUGGAUUAUUUUGAGACUCACUUACACUUGGCUGAAGCACCAAUCCUACAAGAAAGGUGCCUGCCAUGCCUGCCAUCCCUGCAACCUAUACCCGAGAAUGGCGUUUCUCCUUCCUAUUUUCUUUCUCAAGGCAAAAGCCCCACAGAGAUGGAUGAAAAUGAGCUGUGAUAGCGGGGAGAAGGAGGCUGGGUCAGGUUUUGUGCCCUGCACAGCUUCCAGCGUAGACAGCUCUCACCUCAGCCCGCUGUUCCUGGUGCUGCUCACUGACUGCUGCACAUCAGUCUCCCUGGUGUUUUCAGCACAGGCAUUCCAGAGCACUGUUCCACAGAAAUGGAUUCUUGCCUUCACUGAGGCCUGAGGGCUGUCUGAUGCCCUGUGGGAGACAGGGGGUCACUCAAAUCCACGGCAGCAGGUUCAAUGCCAGAAGUGUGGCCACGUGCCUCCAAGGGAUCUUUUACAGGCAUUAAAACAGAGCGUGCACAGCAGGGCUUUGGUCCCAGCCAAGGGGUGAGGCAAUGUUUUCUUGCAUGUUAUAGUUUCUGCUUUGCUGUGGACACCAAACUCCAAAACAGUAUUUGCAAGCCUAGGUUGUAACUUGACAGAUUUUGCAACUUAGAAACAAUUGGUCCUUUUAUGUUUUUAUUAGCUUCAAAGCAAGGUUUGGUUUUUUUUUUAUUUUUACUUACUGGACAUAUAUAUAUAUAUUUAUUUUUUUUUUUGUGAGUUAACUUGUUACUUUUGCUUGUGAUGUAGACAAACGUAGCAUCAAUGAUCACGGUCUAUAAAAAUCCACAUUAAUUUUGUAAUAAAAGCAUUUUGUUCCCUAGUAAGGAUUUGCUCUAUUACAGAGCUGCAAUCUAAAAGAAUUUUUGGAGAAUAAAAAUAAAAUGAUUUCCAGGAC